GGAAGACGAGAGGAUGGUGAUUGGUGGAGCUCUACGGGCUCUUGUGAUUGGCACUCGGAGCCUGCGAAGUGAGGAGGUGGUGGAUCCGGCUGCGCCGUGAUCCUGGGAAAGCGAAAUGGAGGGUUGUGUGUCUAACCUAAUGGUCUGCAACCUGGCCUACACCGGGAAGCUGGAGGAGUUAAAGGAGAGGAUCCUGGCGGAUAAUUCCCUGGCCACUAGGACUGACCAGGACAGCAGAACAGCAUUGCAUUGGGCAUGCUCAGCUGGACAUACAGAAAUUGUUGAAUUCUUGUUGCAACUUGGAGUGCCAGUGAAUGAUAAAGAUGAUGCAGGUUGGUCUCCUCUUCAUAUUGCUGCUUCUGCUGGCCGAGAUGAGAUUGUCAAAGCCCUUCUGGGAAAAGGUGCUCAAGUGAAUGCUGUCAAUCAAAAUGGCUGUACUCCCCUACAUUAUGCAGCUUCCAAAAACAGGCAUGAGAUUGCUGUGAUGUUACUGGAAGGUGGAGCUAAUCCAGACGCUAAGGACCAUUAUGAGGCCACAGCAAUGCACCGGGCAGCAGCCAAGGACACUUAGCCUGUGAUGAAGAGAGAGUGGAAGAAGCAAAAUUGCUGGUGUCCCAAGGAGCAAGCAUUUACAUUGAGAAUAAAGAAGAAAAAACACCCCUGCAAGUGGCCAAAGGUGGGCUGGGUUUAAUACUCAAGAGAAUGGUGGAAAGCUAAGCAGCUUGGAUUUAGUCUUACUUUGUUAGUUUUGUGGCUGUUCCCUAAUGUACUGGUAACUAAUGUACUUGUGCACAAGACAUCAUCUAUGAAUGAUGAAGUUUUUUCAUCUCCCAAGUCUUAUAAACAUGUUUACUAUUGUUCCUGCCGAGUUAUUUGUUCUUAGCUUACAACUUGCUUUCCAGGCAUUGAAUAACUGUUGACAUUGUUCUACUCUUUUAUAUUAUUCUGUAUUGAA